AUAGUGUGGACGACUUGCUAUUUAUUAUUUAGGAUAGGCAACUAGUACAAACUACAAAGCGUGGGAAGCGUGAGGACUCUUCUCUGUUCUCUUAAGUCCUUCCCAUUCCAAUGGAUUCUGCGUUCUCCAUCAACACCACCGCGCAAGUGGCGCUCUUCAGAGCGCUCCACGGUCAUCUCCACCGAGCUCCUCAACGCGCCUUGCUCCGCCGCAACCUAAAAUGCCUCGUUACUUCCUAUAACAGCAGCAGCAACUGCUGCCGCAUUCCGUGCUCUUUCGGCUCCGUGCCGUCGCCGUCCUCGCUUCGAUCCUUCCGCGGACUGCUCCCGCGAACGCCGCGCUGCAUUUCGAGCUCCGCGGCUUCCUUUGCUUCUCCUGCCGGCGGUGGAAAUGGCGGCGCUGGAACCGGCGACGGUGACGGAGGUGGCGGUUCUGGCGGUGAGUCUGGAGAUGCUAAUCUCAAACUGGUAGGAGACGCGUCUCAGGAGCUUUCCGCACUUUCGCCUGAUGUUAUCAUUCUCGAUGUUUCGGGAAUGGUAUGUGGGGGAUGUGCGGCGACUGUAAAAAGGAUACUGGAAAAUCAACCACAAGUGUCAUCUGCUAGUGUAAAUUUAACAACAGAGACAGCAAUAGUUUGGCCUGUAUCUGAAGCAAAAAAUGCACCAAAUUGGCAAAAGCAAUUAGGGGAGGCACUUGCUGAGCAUUUAACUAGUUGUGGCUAUAAUUCUAGCCUUCGAGACUCAACAAGAGACAACUUCCUCCAAAUUUUUGAAAGGAAGAUGGAGGAAAGACAUAGACAAUUAAGAGAAAGUGGUCGUGAGCUAGCUGUUUCUUGGGCUCUAUGCGCUGUCUGCCUUGUUGGCCAUUUCUCUCAUUUCUUUGCAGCAAAGGCACCAUGGAUCCAUGUAUUUCAUUCCAUUGGGUUUCAUCUUUCGUUGUCUUUGUUUACGUUGCUUGGUCCUGGCCGCCAACUUAUCCUUGAUGGCUUAAAAAGUCUUCUUAAAAGGACGCCAAACAUGAACACCUUAGUUGGUCUCGGGGCUUUAUCAUCAUUUACAGUCAGUUCAUUUGCUGCCUUGCUGCCAAAAUUGGGUUGGAAGGCCUUCUUUGAGGAACCAAUUAUGCUAAUUGCAUUUGUCUUGUUAGGAAGGAAUCUCGAACAGAGAGCUAAGAUUAAAGCAGCCAGUGAUAUGACAGGACUUCUUAGUUUAUUGCCACCAAAAGCUCGCCUUCUUUUGAACAAUGGGGAAACAGAGGUUGGCUCGGUUGUUGAAGUUCCUUCUGACAGUCUUUCUGUUGGAGACCAAAUUAUUGUAUUACCUGGAGAUCGUAUUCCAGCUGAUGGAGUUGUGAGAUCUGGUAGAAGCACUGUAGACGAAUCAAGUUUUACUGGUGAACCACUGCCUGUAACAAAAGUACCUGGGAGUGAGGUAGCAGCUGGGAGUAUAAAUCUUAAUGGAACUCUUACAAUGGAAGUGCAGAGACCAGGUAGUGAGACUGCUAUGGCAAACAUUGUUCGUCUAGUUGAAGAGGCACAAAGUAGGGAAGCUCCUGUGCAGCGGUUGGCUGACAAGGUGGCUGGACACUUCACUUAUGGAGUGAUGGCAACCUCUGCUGCCACAUUCACAUUCUGGAGUCUGUAUGGCACACACAUUUUACCUCCUGCUUUAUAUCAAGGACGUGCAGUUUCACUGGCUUUGCAGCUUGCUUGCAGUGUUCUGGUUGUUGCUUGUCCAUGUGCACUUGGGUUAGCCACACCUACUGCAGUGCUGGUUGGAACAUCUUUGGGAGCUAAGAGAGGAUUACUUCUUCGUGGUGGAAACAUUCUAGAGAAGUUUGCCAUGGUAGACACCGUUGUGUUUGACAAAACAGGGACCCUCACGGUUGGUAGACCUGUUGUGACAAACAUUGUCAUUCCUAUUUGCAUAAAAAAUGCAAUUUCAAGCCAAACUGAAGAAAAUGCUUUGUCUGAUGUUGAAGUUCUAAGGUUAGCAGCUGCAGUAGAAACAAAUUCAGUACAUCCAGUUGGUAAAGCGAUUGUGGAUGCUGCUCAGGCUGCUAAUUGUCAUAAUGCUAAGCAAAAUUUACAGGUAAAAGAUGGAACAUUCCUGGAAGAACCUGGAUCUGGUGCUGUGGCAACAAUUUAUGACAAAAAGGUUUCUGUUGGGACAUUAGAAUGGAUUACCAGGCAUGGAGUUAUUAACAGUAUACAUCAAGAAGUGGAGAAGAGUAAUAAUCAAUCCUUUGUCUAUGUUGGAGUUGAUGAUACUUUAGCUGGCCUAAUUUAUUUUGAAGAUGAGAUAAGGGAAGACGCAAGAGACGUUGUUGAUAGAUUGUCAAAGCAAAAUAUAGGUGUAUACAUGCUAUCAGGAGACAAGAGGAAUGCUGCUGAGCAUGUUGCGUCCCUUGUUGGAAUUCCCAAAGAGAAGGUGCUAUCUGAAGUAAAACCAGAUGAGAAAAAGAAGUUCAUAAAUGAACUACAGAAAGAUAACAACAUUGUAGCAAUGGUUGGUGAUGGAAUUAACGAUGCAGCUGCUCUGGCUUCUUCACAUGUUGGUAUUGCAUUAGGUGGAGGUGUCGGGGCUGCUAGUGAGGUGUCUUCUAUUGUAUUAAUGCGCAACCAGCUCUCACAGAUAGUUGAUGCCUUGGAGCUUAGCAGACUGACCAUGAAUACUAUAAAACAAAAUCUUUGGUGGGCUUUCAUAUACAACAUUGUAGGAAUUCCAAUUGCAGCUGGAGUGUUAUUUCCCAUAAAUGGGACUGUGCUAACUCCAUCAAUUGCAGGGGCACUCAUGGGGUUGAGCUCCAUUGGCGUAAUGACUAACUCGUUACUUUUGAGAUUCAAAUUUUCGUCAAAGCAGAAGCAAAUACAUAGCAUAUCGCCAAAGACCAAAAUCCAUGUGGCCCAAAAUCAGAAAACAAACCACCCUUAUUAGAUGUUGGAUGCAGGCACACAGCAACGCAAUGGAAAGGAAGUUCCCCUCCUGAUCUCGGGUCAGGUAGAACAUUACAGAAGUAUACACUUUUAACCUUUGAUUUGAGGCUAUCAAUCACCCAAGGAUGAAAAGAAAUCAGUACAGAUGAGAAUUUAGAUGUACAAAACAGAAGUGCAAGAAUCACACCAUAAAGUGAGAUGGGGUUCAAGUAACUGAUGUAAUGUAAGAGAAUAAAUUAGAUAACUCAUUGCUGGGGGAUACUUUAUUUGAUUCUCAAAGGUCUCUCUUUAGGAGCUCUCUUGCUGUCUUCUUUAAUCAUAAGCUCUGUGGCAGCUUUUCACUUAUGACAAGCCCAUUUUUCCGUUGGCCUUUUAUUGUUUAUAAAUUAGAUCUUAAAGUCUUGAUUCAUGUUUUAAAUGUCUUUCUAGUACAUGAAUCUUUGAAUUAGAACUAGACUUGUGUUGGGCUAAGAUCUGUUUAUAUUUCUGUA